AUGAAGACCACGGGCAUUCUGCUCGCCUCGUGCGCAGCCGUUGCGUCGGCAAGAUUGUUCCAGAUCGAAGUGAAUACGGCCCCAGACAAGCAAGCCAGUCUCGUCGCCCAACUGGAUCAACUUCAGCGAACACACCGCUCCGUAACUAGCGGAAUUGGGGCUUCCGUCGACCAGCCGGGUGCCUAUUGUCAAGCGUACUCGGACCCCCACGGCCGUGAUGAGCUAGGAGAGCCCUUCUGGAGGGGCCAGGCUGCUGUUUUCACAAAGGAUGAUAAACCUGUACCCAUAGGCUCGUUUCUGUGCAAGGACACCGUCGAGGGGUUGAGGGACGACGGCGACGACUAUGACGAUGACGAUGACGAUGACGAUGACGAUGACGACGGUGAUAAGAACAAGGGAGGUGACCUGGACGAUCAUCUGAAGGGGGACGCUGGGAAGGGUGACGGGGAUGGGGAUGGGGAUGGGGAUGGGGAUGAUGAUGGAGACGAUGACGGGGACGACGAUGGCGAUGACGAUGGCGAUGAUGAUUAUGAUGAUGAUGAGGAUGACGAUGAUCUCCAGGAUGGUGAUGGCGGGAACGAGAGAAUUGAUUUGAAGGACGACGAUUUGGACGACGACGACGAUGAUGAUGAUUUCGAUCCGUGGAAGGACGGGCAAGACUAG